CCGCAGGCAGGGCCAUGGCAGCGGGCGACAGGGCGGAGGCGCCGGCGGGCGAGCCCGGCCCCUACGUGGUGGCGCGGCCCGUGUACAGCGAGGCGGCCUUCCAGGAGGAGCACGAGCGGCGGCCGCCGCUGCCGCCCACCCUGCGCGAGCGCGCCCAGCGCGCCUGCAGCUGUUCAAGAAAAAAGGCAUUUCAAAUAACCAAGUCCUUUAUCCCCAUACUGGAAUGGCUACCUAACUACAGAGUGAAGGAAUGGCUAAUUAGUGAUAUCAUCUCUGGUAUCAGUACAGGGCUUGUAGCUACUUUACAAGGUUUGGCAUAUGCUUUACUGGUUGCUGUUCCUGUUGGAUAUGGUCUCUACUCUGCCUUUUUUCCUAUCCUGACAUACUUUUUCCUGGGGACAUCAAGGCACAUCUCAGUUGGACCUUUUCCUGUGGUCAGUUUGAUGGUGGGAUCUGUUGUGCUGAGCAUGGCACCUGAUGAAAAUUUCCUCCUAGUUAGCAGUAAUACCACAGGGCUUAACAAAACACUGAUAGACACUGAAUCCAGAGAUGCACAGAGAGUAUUAAUUGCCAGUACUGUCACGUUUCUGGUUGGAAUUAUGCAGCUUGUGCUUGGAGCCCUUCAGAUUGGUUUCAUUGUGAGGUACCUUGCGGAUCCACUAGUGGGAGGAUUCACAACUGCAGCUGCUUUUCAAGUGUUUGUUUCACAACUGAAAAUAGUCUUAAAUGUUUCAACCAAAAACUAUAAUGGAAUCCUUUCCAUAAUAUACACCCUCAUAGAAAUAUUUGAAAGAAUUGGUACCACCAACAUUGCAGAUCUUGUUGCUGGCCUCCUGACCAUUGUUGUCUGCAUGGCAGUUAAAGAAAUAAAUGAUCGAUUCAAACACAAGAUUCCCAUUCCCAUUCCUAUAGAAGUCAUUGUGACGAUAGUAGCCACUGGUAUUUCUUAUGGUGCUGACCUGGAAAAAAAAUACAAUGCAGGCAUUGUGAAAAACAUACCUAGAGGGUUUUUGCCUCCUGUACCUCCAGUUGUCAGCAUGUUUUCACAAAUGGCAGCAGCUGCAUUUUCCAUUGCUGUGGUCGCUUAUGCUAUUGCUGUGUCUGUGGGGAAGGUAUAUGCAACCAAGUAUGAUUAUGCUAUUGAUGGAAACCAGGAGUUUAUUGCCUUUGGGAUCAGCAAUGUGUUUUCAGGAGCUUUUUCCUGUUUUGUUGCUACAACUGCACUUUCACGUACUGCUGUCCAGGAAAGCACUGGUGGAAAAACUCAGGUUGCUGGCCUAAUCUCAGCUGGGAUUGUUAUGAUUGCCAUUGUUGCUCUGGGGAAAUUGCUAGAGCCCUUGCAAAAGUCUGUGUUGGCAGCUGUUGUCAUUGCCAACUUGAAAGGGAUGUUCAUGCAGGUAUGUGAUGUUCCCAGAUUGUGGAGACAGAAUAAGGUGGAUGCUAUGAUCUGGGUUUUCACAUGUGUGGCAUCCAUCAUUCUGGGGCUCGAUUUGGGAUUACUUGCUGGCCUUGUGUUUGGAUUACUGACAGUUGUGGUGAGAGUUCAAUUUCCUUCUUGGGGUGGCCUUGGGAACGUUCCUGGCACAGAUCUCUAUAAGAAUGUCAAGGAAUACAAAAAUGUUGUUGAACCACAAGGUGUGAAGAUUCUUCAGUUUUCCAGUCCUAUUUUUUAUGCCAAUAUCGAUGGAUUGAAAAGCAGCCUCAAAUCCACUGUGGGUUUUGAUGCAGUUAGGGUAUACAACAAGAGACUCAAAGCACUAAGAAAGAUACAGAAACUAAUCAAGAAGGGGAAGUUGAAAGCAACUAAGAAUGGUAUCAUCAGUGACUCUGGUGUUGCAAAUGAAGCUUUUGAGCCUGAUGAAGAUCCAGAAGAGUCCGAAGAUCUCGAAAUUCCAACUAGAGAAAUAGAGAUCCAAGUGGACUGGAAUUCAGAGCUCCCAGUCAAAGUGAAUGUUCCCAAAGUGCCCAUCCACAGUUUAAUUUUUGAUUUUGGAGCAGUGUCAUUCUUGGAUGUUGUAGCUGUGAGGUCCAUAAGAACGAUAGUUAAAGAGUUUGAGAGAAUUGAUGUGAGAGUGUACUUUGCAUCACAUCAAGACAGCAUUAUAACAAAGCUGGAACAAUGUGCCUUCUUUGACGAUAACAUAAGAAAAGACAUAUUUUUCCUGACGGUCCAUGAUGCUGUGCUCCACAUAAAGAGUCAAAUUAUGUAUAAAGACAUCCAGGACCCUAUUUUCGAAAAGAUUUCACUCAUGCAAGAAUCUAAAGAACCAAUAGAGUUCACGGAAACAAGCCGACCUGAAGAUGAACUUGAUGUUCAGGAGGAGGCAAUGCGCAGGCUUGCAUCAUGAAGAAAAAUGGAUGUUGUCAUGCUGUGGACUUGUGAAACUAUGUAUGCACCAACAUUAGACAACCAGUAUCUGAACUGGGACCAGUCUUUGCAUUUGAAGAAAACACUGAUUUCCUUUUGUGAAUUCUACAGAUCUCUAGAAAUGUCUACAUUUUGUCUGUUGACAGAAUACCCUUGAACUACUCAAAACAUUUGAUCAGAACUCAUUCGCAGAAGCAACCAUUGUUAAAAUUUGGAGGCAGAUCAUCAUAGCUUCUAGAAACUUCAGGAGGCAAGGCUUUGCGUGGGUGACGGCUUCUACUGGAUGAACUGCAUGGUUGGGAUAAACUUAGAUAAGCUUUCAAAUACAAUGCCUAGUUGAAGAAUACAUUGCAUUCAAAAGUCUAUCCCAACAAUGCAUUUGGUUCAAUAGAAGAUAUCACCAACAAAAAUUCUUGCCUUUUGCAUAUGUCUUGGACCAUCAUGGCUACAACAUCGUUCCAACAUGACAGAAAUUGCAACUAGUUUUAGGGUUGGUGGAUGUAAAUGACCCAAUACUAUGUUGAUACUUAUAGGAAAAAAUAGCCACUUGAUGGUAGCAGAACAAGGAGCAAUGGUCUCAAGUUGCAGCAAGUGAAGUUUAGGUUUAGGUAUUAGGAAAAACUUUCUUACUAGGAGGGUAGUAAUGCAGUGGAACAGGUUACCCAGAGAGGUUGUGAAAUUCCCAUCCUUGGAGAUUUUUGAGACCCUGCUAGAAAAGCCUUGGCUGGGAUGAUUUAGUUGGGGACAGUCCUGCUUUGAACAGGGGUUUGGCCUAGAUGACCUCCCAAGAUCCCCUCUAACCCUAAUUUUCUAUGAUUCUGUGGUAACAUAGUCCAUAGCAUUGAGAAGAUUACAAAUUCGUUGGAUUGGUUUGUUCAGUGCCUGGCACAAUUGGAGACAUCUUUAGAUGCUACUGUAACGUAAAUAAUUGAUUAUAAUAUAUUCCUCGAACAAAAGCAGCAAUAGGCAGUAAGAACUCUGGGCCCUGACCUGCAAAAAUAUCUUCAAUCCCAUGCAGUUGAUGCGCAGAACAUUAUCACCCAUUCAGCAAAAACAUCUUUAAAAAAGUAUCUAUCUUGGUGAUUCUUUAUAAAUACUCCUAGGUUUGCUUCUGUGUUUAAAGUUUUAUUAUAAAAAAACUUUGUUACAUAAUCAAAAUGGAGGACAGAUGAAAUUUAUUCAUGCAAAAUUAAACUUAUUGUACUACUACAAAAAUGAUAACCACAUAAAAAUUGGGCUCAUCAGGAGACACUAUUAUUUGAGAAACUUGGUUCAUUAAUUUUAUUUUUAGUAACCAGGCCCUACUGUUAAAGAUCAUAAUUGAUAUCAAACAUAUAUAGAAAUGUUUUGACCGGGUAAUAUAUUGCAAACUUAUGAUUUUUAGGGGCUAGUCUGAUACUAUUUGCAUUAUGAUAUUGCCUUCGUCCAUAAUUAGUCUGUUUGAAGGUAGAACUUUGGGAAUGCUGUCUCUUCCUCAUGUAUAACACACCCCUGAAUAAAAUCCAUUUUAUUUUUGAAA